AUGCCGACGAUAUUGCGGAGAGGGAACGCGCGUCAGGUGGAACUCGUCGGGAUGCUGGAAUUAUUUAUUUACAGUGGGACGGGCCCGCCAGCGCCGGUGCGCGACGUGAGCACCUCAUGGGCACGCAAAGGCGGAGGCAGGUUGUUCCAACACCGUGACGCAGCGAAUCUGAAGGAGCCCCGAAACGCCAUGGUGCGAUGUUUUGGAGUGGUAAAAACGAGGGGACACUCCCUCCUGGUGUAUCUGCUGUGUUCAUGGGCCUACUCCAGCUUUAGGAAGAGGACAUAUUAUGUGGACCUGAAGUGGUAG